GUCCCUAUCAAUCUUCCCCAGCUUUUUCAUGGUAUGAGUGGUGGUUUGAUUUUCAUUGAAAUUUUUCAGAGGAGUAGGAGAGUGAAUCUAAACGCCAAGCCUCUUGUAGUUUGAGUCUGCACGUGGUCACUUCUGGUGGUUCUGCCCGUAGAGUCAAGAACAAUUCAGAUUCUGUCCGCCUGCAUGAAUCUAACCCACCAACGAGCAGAGCUGAAACUAAUCGUAAUCAAUAUGAAAAAGCGAUUUGAAAUUGUACCCCAACGCGAUAAUCAAUCUGAAUUCACAUUGUACAUAGGCCGCCCCCGCCGAGGAACGUCGUUAAGGACAAUUGGACCACAAAAUGAUGCGUUUGUGGCAGGAUCUCGGUCUCAUUCUGAGCAGGCUACUACCUUGCUGAGAUCAUGCCUCGUCCGGCUGCGGCGGCGGGGGUCACCGCCUCAUCCGGGGCUGGGGCGGCAAGCUCCUCGUCCGGCCAUGGGACCGCCUCCUCCCACCCAGGGAAAGGUGGACCAGUUGGCGGCAUCGGUUCCUGGUUCCCGAAGAAAUGGACAAUCCGGGCACGAACCGGGUCACGAGAGAAUAAUUCUGAAGAGGUAAGAAAACCUACCUCGUUUGGCUCCGUUUGUGUGUGUUUGAAUUUGGUUUGUCUUGCGGUUUGAGUUUGAGUUUGAUGCAGAAGAAAAUGCACAUAAAGAGAAUCAACUUUUUCCAAAGGAGAUGCAAGGAGUAGAAGUAGAAUGUAUGAAAAGAAAGAAGAUGCAUUGUUCGCUAGUCACGCAUGAUAUUGCAAAAAAGCUGGAUCAUCGACAUGGACAUACAACGACUCCACCUGCAAAAAAUAAACAGGGCUCCCUUGGGGACAAGCAUGACGAGCGUUCAAAGGCGGCGAGGAAGGCCGCGAAUGGGAUCCCGGGCCUCGGGCACGCGAACGCGAUGGGGCUGGUGGAAGAGUCCGUGGAGGCGGAUUGGGCCGAGUACGAUCGCGACGGCGACGGGGAGCUUUCCCGCACCGAACUCAUGGAGGCGCUGAAGGACAACAAGCUCUGCCUGAGUCGCGGCCUGCUGUUGGAGCGGUUGCAGCUAGAGAUCGAGCUGUACAAGGUGAUGGUCAAGAUUCUCAACUUCUUCGUGUACUUUAUCUGCUUCCUGCUCGCGCUGUACCAGUUCUAUCCCACGGACUCGGUCGGGAAGGUGCACAGCUACCUCCUGGACCACUUCGAGCUGGACCCGGAUUCGCUCGGGGAGGUCGCCACCAUCCCGGACCUCUACAGUUUCAUCCUGAACUUCGAACAGCAGAACAAGCUGCUGCAGGCCACGGGCCCGGUCUACUGGUGCGAUCCCCGCUACCUCGACGACCUCGGCAAAACGGCCGCGGGCGAGAUCUUCUUCGCCUCCAAGAAAGGCAGUGACAAUCCUCGGGCAAGGAGGAAGAGAAACCUGGAUGUUGGGGCAGACGUCGCGGGAGAGGACGGCCCGGAAGGCCAGAACAGCCUUUUCGCGGGCGAAGGAGGUGAAGACAACUUCUCAUCAUCGGCAGAAGAUGACGGGUCCUCAAAUAAUCCGUUUUACGAGGACCGGAAAAAGAGCUCCGUAUCCCCCGAGGAGGAAGAGCAGCUGCGCGACCUCCGCCGCAAGCUCGAGGGCGGAGACAUUACCGGCGACGAUUUGGCGAGUGUGCUGGAAAAAAUGACCGCGCUGCGUUUGCGCUACCAGAACCCGUCCCCCAUGGGUUAUGACCUGCACAACCACGUCUUCAACCUGUACGAUUGCCAAAACAAGCAGGAGAGCCCCAUCACGUGGUUCCAGAGUUUCUCCUACCCCGGCGGACUGGUGGACACAAUGCGCAAGCACGGGUCCGAUCCGGCGGACACGGACAAUUACGAAGUGGAGUGGACGCCCACGUACUACAAAGACGUGCCCACCAUGGACGAGGACCGGAGAAAGCGAGCGUUGAAGAUGCGUGAUCAUGUUGAUGGAGCUGAUGAUCAUGUGGCUGGCAAUGAGAACUACGAUCACCACGACCAUGAUUUUGAUGAAAGCAAUUCCUUCCAGCAGGAUUUGUCAGAAUUGGACGAGGAGGACGCGGAGCCACUAUUGCACACCCCAGGCAGUAAAGGCCAAACGCACCACGCGCGACGAAAGCUUGCGGAGAAGAAGCGCAUGACCCGGGAGCGCUUCCCGAUGCAGGAGCCGCGCCGGCUCUACCGCACGUACGCACAAGACGUGAUGCACCACAACGAGCUGUAUUCCCUGCGCCGCUUCCUGGCCCGCAACGGCUUCAAGCGUGAGGUGGCCGCAAAGAUCGGAACUUCCCUGGAAGAGCUCGAGACCAUGCCUGUUGAGCAACUCGAGCGGAAGGUUUCCAGUUUGCGGUCGCUGUCGCGGCACGACCGAAGGCGUUUGGCGGAUGCGCUGAGCACGCACAGGGAGCAAACGCACACCAAAUUGCAGACCUACUUCACCGGCACAGUGUACAGCGCCGCCGAGCGUCUCUGGGGUCUAGCGUUCAGCACUGGCAAGGUGUUCGAGGACGACAUUGCGCAGCCGAUUCGCGAGCUCUACCCGGGCAAGAACCCCGUCAGCGCCGACAAGCCCUACGACAUCGCGGCGUUGCAGCCCGACACCGAAGACGCGAUCGAAAGAACCAUCCGCCAGGCGGAUGAACGGAUCCACAAGCGCGACGCAGAGCAGGGGAUCAUGCUCGAAAAUCAAGAAAUGGACGUGAAGCCAGAUGGCACCGUUCGCAGUACCAGAGAGCAGGGACGGAAAAUGGGCGAGGAGAACAACCAGGAUUCGACGACGUCCAGCAAAAAUGAAGGGAGGGCCACAUCAUCGCCGUCGAAUUCUCACGCCGCCGAAGAAGAUGCAAAUCCGAAAGUCUCCAUCAAAGCGACGCCCAAAUUUGAAAUCGUGGAAAGGAAGCAGGAAGACACGCGGACUCUGGCGGCGAUCAGCGAAAACUAUCGGCUGUUUGCCGAGGAGCGUGCAGACACACUGUACGACCCGUUUCUGGACGCAAAAGUGGAGCAAGACGCUGACGAGAUGGACGAAUUCGUGGACGAUGAUGGCAAUGCUUUUGGAGAGGCUCCGUCCUCGCCGAAUAUGUUGUUUGCUGACAGCAGCAACACUGCCGCAAGUAGCAGCGAACUCGAGCAAGCCGGUGCCUCACCGCGUUCUUUGGCGGCGACCUUCACGAUCCCGACCUUCGCCGCGCCCGCGGCCUGUUCCGGCGGCUGCACGUACGCGGCCCGCACCUACCACAUGUACUUCACGGUAACUGUACCGACAACCGUCACGUCGCUGGCAGGCAACGCUGCGCUCGCCAAUGCCUGCAAGUCAGCGCUGAAACACGUGCUGGGCAUGGUCGAUGCGGAUUUCAGCAGUUUCGGAGCUGUGUCCGUCCCCACCACGAGUUACCGCCGGCUCGCCGAGGACGGCGUCGAAGUCGAGGACCUGGAUGCGGCAGAAACCAACGGCUACAACAUUCCGGGCGGCAACCUGGGGCUUCCCCCGCCCAUGACCGUCCCCCCGGGAGGUAAACGAGGUCCUCGUGCACUGGAAGAAUACGACGCGGACAAGCCGGCCAUUGCAAUUGCUCCCGGAAAUCUCGGCUUGCCGCCCCCGAUGACUGUGCCGCCCAGUAAAAUAAACACUGACGGCUCCUCCAGCAGCAACUCGAGGCGUGACCUCGCGACCGCGAGCACACACACGCUGUCCCUCGAGUACGUUUUCAGCGUCACGGGGCUGAAGGUGCGCAAAGUGAACACGGCCAUCGUCACGUCCGGGUUCGGUGCGGCCGUCGCGACCAAGGCGACCACCGUAUCGAAAGGAAAAAUCCCCCCUCCCCAUAUCGAAAACGUAUCCGUCUGAAAAUUUCUGAUGCGCAUUUGUUGCCUCAGAUCCUGUCUGUCUUGCAAGAAGGCAAGUUCAGAAAGCGCUCCGCAUUUUGCAGGCGGUUUGUGAUGCUGUUGGGCUUAGAGCAUACACGUUUGUCAUGCUAGGCGCCUACGUCGAAACCUCCCGACUGAGGCUUGGCAUAUGCCUGCAGUCCUCUACUGCAAGACAUAUCUGAUUUGUGUGCGGAAAUCCAGCAUCAGAAACUUCGCCUCGAUAUGGGGAGGAGGGAUUUUUCCUUUUGAUGCACCGACUGGAACACGGCGAGCUCCACCGUGACUGCGGUGACGCGCGUGGCCGGGGAGGCGCUGGAAAACUAUCCUGUGCAAAAGUAUCGCACUCGUAGCAAUUGCAUUUAUGCAUUACAAAUUUCUUUUUCAAGGUAAAUCAGCAUUACAAAUUUCAUUUGUAAUGCUAAGUCAAUUUGUAAUGCAAUUUAUACUAGUACGAUACUUUUGCAAUGCAUAAAAACUACAUGGUGCUGAUGUCGUUCGCGGGGACGGAGGCCUACGACUCCUUCACUGCGGAGUUCCUCGCCGCCAACGCAACUUUUGUGUCCUCGAUGAAGAUAUCAAAUGCAAAAGUGUCUGGGUCUGGAAGAAUGCAAGUCUGUCAUGCUUGUCUGGCAUGACUCGAGAAGCUGUGUUGCAUAGGCACGAAAAGGCCCUCUUGCCUGUCAUGCAAAAACGCAGUUUGCCAUGCGGAAUACGUAAUACAUGGCAGCCAAAAAAUUUGGCCUGCGUAGCUGCGUAUUGCAGUGCGUCUAUCAUUCACUUUUGGCAUUACAAGUUUCCAGACCCAGACAUAUUUGCAAUGCAUAGAAGACAGCGCUGACGAACGCUUUGGGACUCACCGGCAGCGACGUGUACGUGAACAAUAUCCGCAAGGCGCCGGUCCGGACCUCUGCGGCGCACCGACUGAGGCGAAGGCUGGGGGAGCAGCAAGACGUCGAUACAACAGCAUCAUCACGCGAGGAAGCGAAGGAGCUCGACGAUCUGGAUCUCCCGGAGGACGGGAGUAGAACACCGAGUUACGGUAAGGUGCCGCACUUCUACCCGGACUUCGAUCCCCACGCCUACUUGUCCCAGCGCGUCGAGGCCGCGCCCGAGCUGGAGGUGCUCCGCCGCCACGAGGCGGAGCAGGACACCAUGCGGCGCCUGAGUGACGACGAGCUGACGCAGUUCGACGAGACCGGGUCGCUGGUGGAGGGCAGCAUGCUCAACAACCGGCUCCUGGUCUCCGGCACGGAUCAAAAUACGGACCCCGUGGAUGUGGACGCCGUGCGGCGACAGCUCGGGGCGUCCUCUUCCUCCACGGGCACCACGUACUCAACGCUGACGCUCGAGGUCGACUUCCAGGUGGACGGGCUGACCAGCACGCGGUACAGUGAGAAGCUGCGCAGGAAGCCGGACUACAUUCUGCCGGUUUUGAAAACGAAUUUGAACACGCAGUUCAACAGCACCUUCCCGACCGAGUACGCGAGCCACAUGUCCGUGAAGAACAUCUACGCCUUCACCCACGACAAGGCGCUCAGCAUGCGGCUGCAUUUGUACGCGCCGUGCGGGGACACCGCGUACACGCUCAGUCACAACAGCACCUUUCUCGGGUGGCUGGACGCAGCCAUGGUCGCGGAGUUCGGGAUUGACGUCGUGAACAAGGGCGACUACUUUUUGAUCACCUCGAUUACGGACAGCUCUCUGGCUGCCACGCUGAGCGGCGGCAGUGCUUCUUCCGCGCACUUGCGGCAGCGCCGGCUGCUGCGCGAGGCCGAGGAGGAGCAACGGAAACUCGCCCCGAGCGGCUCCACGACGAACACGUCGGCCGCGAACUUUGGUCACGCAAUGCCGUACCCGGACGGGUUUUGCCCCGGCGCCAUCACGGUUUCAGGAUCUAGUGGCGCGCACCGCCGCAUGCUGGCGCCGUCGUCGAGCAGCGUGACGUACGCCGUGCCCGCGAAUUCGCACAUGGUGUCCAUGGACAUUACGUUUGUGGUCGGGGCGUCGUUGAGCGAGGUGGUGAAGCAGACCAUGAAGAGCGACGUGUUUGACGCGACCAUGGUGGCGAAGAUGAACACGAAGCUGCCGACCACGUACUUCCUGGCGACCAUGGCGGGGUCCCGGAUUGACCGGGAUUUCACCUUGUACUUCAAACUGAACGCGCCGGACAACACCACGGCGACCGUCCUGGACGGCCCGAGUCACGUCUUCCGCCACACGGUGUUGCCGAAGGCCUUGUUCGCCGCGUUGGGCGGCGCCAGCAAGGACAACAUCUUCAUCAAGUCGGUCUACGACAAGCCGGUCGCGACCACCACCACGAACGGCGACGCGUACCGGCGGGUCCUCCUACAAAACGGAGCGGACGAGUCCUCCCUCGGGAUGGAGCUGCCCGAUGAGGACGAGGUGGCGCGGCGCGAGGAAAGAACGCAGGAGGCUCUACGUCGACUCGCCGCGUCAACAUCAUCUUCUGCCACGACCAGUACAACCGCGGACCUCACCCAGGGCGUGAACCUCACCCUCGGUGUGGACUUUCAGGUGCUCGGCAUUCAGGUGGCGCAGUCGCUCGAUUCUAUCGGCUUGCCCGCCAGCUUCAUGACCAACUUCCAGAACGGCAUGGUUUCCGCUCUCGCGACGGCCUACAACAACACGGGACAGAGCUGGAACUUCAUGAGUGUGGAAAGUGUGCCGGCGAUGACGGCUAAACCGGUGGUGAGCUUCCAGUUCAUUGGGCCCCGCGGCACCAAGGCCACCCAGAUCCCCGCGGAGGUGCAGAAGGCGAUCGAGAAAGCGGUGUACAAGGUCGGUGUGCAACAGGGCGCCACGGGGUCCCUCGCGGUCACCACGGACCUGAAGCUCGCGCACGUGAACCGCGCGGCGUCGGUGGAGAUGAAGUGCCGCUGCAAGGAAAACUGGAAUUACGUGGUUCCCUCUUGGGGCUACAACUGCACCAACAUGAAGGGCUGUACCGCCGGCGAGCCCGGCAUGGGCUGCGCCGAGCCGCCCAACACGCCCUACGUCGAGCACACCUAUCGGUGGUGCGUGCAAGACAAGAAUUGGUGCGAAAACGACGCGAGCGCGUACGGAAGUGCCAACACCUACUUCUGCCCGAUCGACCCACGCUACGAGAAUCUCUCCUGGCGGACGAAGUAUCCGAGCUUGGAUUUUCUCACCACGGAAUACUUGGACUUGGAUGUGGAUUUCGUUGUGAAAAGUUCCCAGACUUUCGGGAUGAUGGAGCGGUUUCAAGCCAUUAUGUCCGAGGACAAAAUGUACCUGCUGACCAACGAAGUGAACACGCAGCUGAAGACCACGCCCUACAACAACACCUACAACUGCACCGAGACCGUGUAUCGGAGCUACGGGUCGUACUCUUUCCUGACCAAGUUCGACUCGCUCCCCACCGGCACGACCCUGGCCGCGAUGGAGGCCAACCGGAACGUGCGGCAGGCGCUGCUGAACGGUAUCGAGAAGACGCUGCACAUCCCGGCCGACGAUCUGGGCAUCGGGGACAUCCGGGCGCCCUUGGCGUCCGUCGCGCACGCCACCGGGGGGCACCGGCGGUUGCAGGAAAUGGUGCGGGACAUGGAGCGGUCGAACAACGGCCUACCCGUCUACGGAUUGGAGGAACUUCUGGAGGAGGAGGCGGCAGAAAUGCGUGAACUGGCUGUUUCGAGUGGAACUACAACCUCCUCUUCGAACGCCACCACCGCAACUGCCACCUACAUGCAGCUCGACGUGUUGGUCCCCUACUACUUUGCCACCGACAUCAACCACUACCUGGAGCGGUCCAAGAUGCGGUACACGCUGACGCACGACUUGAACGAGGGCCUGGGAUAUGGAUUGCAAAAAUGUCUGGGUCUGGAAGAUUGCAACUUGUAAAUGCUGUCUUUGGAUUCCAAAAAAAUCUGUAUUGCAUGACCAGCAACAGGACUCCAGUUUGUGUUACGCGGGGAGGGCAUUUCUCAUGCGGAAUAGGCAUUAGGAAGCCCUCUAAAAAUCUGUGUUGCUAGAUUCUGCAUUAGAGGUCUCAAUCAUCAUACAAAAUAUGCAUGACAAGUCUGCAUUUUUCCAGACCCAGACAUUUUUGCAUUUGAUAUGGGACACAGCUACCACAUUUCGGAGGUGGCGUCGUUCACGGAGAACCUGCUGCGGACCUACUUCGUCGACAUUGACACUCUGCGGGUCCCCUCGUCGAUUUUGACCGCGCCGGAUCUGAAGAAGAACGUCGGCAUGAAGAAAGCUAUCACCAACGCGUUUUACAAGGCCACGAACAUCGUAACGAAAUCGGCGAUCCACCUUUUGAAAAUCGACACUUACACGCCCGCGGCGGCGGGGAGCACCGGCGGAGGACACCGGCGGGGGCUCGCUCCCAGCAGCACGACGGCCGCGUCGACGACCGCCACGACCUCGGUGACGCUCGCGCCCGCCGUCCCGUCGCCCUACGCCGGCACGACCCCGAAGCAGAAGCAGACGGUGAGUGGCUUGGUGAACGUGGACUCGGGAUCCGAAUACUUCAACCUGGAGGGGGAGCUGAAGCUGUACCCCGCGGGCACCACCCGGGACCUCCACAACGUGCGGCUCACCAUCGAAGUGCUCCCGGCGGAUUCCCUGCCGGUCGAGAUCAUCCGGCUGUCGACCGACGCGGCGGUGAAGGCGAAAUUCGCGACCGACUUCCAGAAGGAACUGAACAACGAGUUCGCAACGCACCCGCUCACGCUCGGGAGCGUCUACUACAUCCGCACGAUGCCCACGGGGAUGGCGCUGUCGGCGCAGGUGGACCACGACUUCCUGGUGAAGCUGGGGAUGGUGUUCCCCGCGGGCCACGACGUGAAGGAGCUGGAAAUCCAGAGCCAGUUCACGCAAACCAUGAACUACGCCUCACUGGACGCCUUCAAGCGCGCGCUCGCCUCCGGACUGGACAUGACCACACCGGGCAGGUUGUCGCUCUACCACAGUUCCGACGUGACCACCUACACGGGCACCAGCUCCGGCUGCAAGACAAAGGCUCGAGCCCGCCGGGCGCUGCAGGAGGGCGGGAACCCAUUCGUAUGUAGUGAGGUCACCGAACGGUUCUAACCGGGGAGUUUUUUUGACAGCUCCCGUGAAAAACGGCCGGCAGUUUUCAAGCGGCCGGAAGUGUUUUUGAACAUAAAAAAUUUCCAAUUAUCAAGCGGGCGGGGCUUUGCUGGCAAACAAGCCCGGUCGAAAACUAUCGAUUCGCACUUGAUAAAACGACGCAGGGGAGCCGGCAAAAGGGGCGCCCUUCUGAGGCGCCCGCCGCCUUAGUUUCUGGCGAUUUGGGGCGCCCAAAAAGGGGCGCGCAAAAAACGCGCCCAAAAUCAGAACAGCGAAACAGCAUGGCACGGCCGCGAUUUCGGAGCAUUUUGGGCGGCCGCGAAAGCGGCCGCCUUUUCGCCGGUUUUAGAGCCUGGGAAGCUUUGCAAAAAGCGCCGGCGUGAAAAAUAAAAACGCGAAAAAUAAAAAGCGCACCAGACGCGCAAAGCCAAUCCGCAUGCUAUGGGCCCGGUUUUUCUUCACUUUUUUGGCGCCCCCCUUGGCACCCGGAUCGGCCCCAUAGCAUCGGGGCUGGCUUUCGGAAAGGAAUUUUGGAAAUGUGCCAAAAUUUGCGACGUUUCCCAAGUGGCCGCCAUACCGUGCGGCAUAACGUUACUCACGGUGGUAUGGCGAGCCCAUAAAAAGCAACGCCGCGGCCAAGGCUGCGGUCGGCAAUCAAAAAAACACCCACGACCUCACUACCCCCGCGGACGCGGCUAUUAUUGGUAGUAGAGAACUACGCGGAAGACGAGCACGAUGAAACAAGCCCGCGAAGGGCCUCGUCCGCCCUGGGUCCCAUCGAGCGCGAGUUCGCCGAGCAGCGGAAGCAAAAUCCCGAGGUCAAGCCGUUCGCGAAGCUCAGGCCAAAGUUUCUUGACGAAAAUGGUGCUCUGAAAGAUGAACAAAUUCGGCCGGAAGUUGUAGAUUCUAACGAAAACGACAUCAUUCGCCGAAACCUCGCGGGGAGCACAGUGUAUUUGGACGACAACAAGAUCGAGCUCGACUUCAGUAUCAAGGACGUGGAGUACGACCGCGUGAUUGCCGCGCUGAACACGCUCAAUCACGACUUCACCAACGUAGAGUACGCGUUCCAGUCCUACAUCGACCAGGAGCCGACGCUGAGCUACUGGGGCUCCAGUAUUCACAACAUCCUGAUGCUCGAGGAGAAAUUCAUCGAACUGCAGCCGGCCCCGGACGACAUGUACGUGGCCACCGUGUUUUCCUUGUCCGUCCCGAAGUCGCAGGGACUCACCCCCGCCCACGUGGAAGCGGAGCCGGGCUUCAUGGAGGCCUUGAAGACGGGGAUCUGCAAGGCGCUGCACAUUCCAACGAGCGAUUACAAAUUGUACGCGCUGUACGAGUACGCGGGGACCAUUCACGAGUCCUCCUACGUUGGCACAUCCACUUCUUCCAACAGUACGAAUUCCUCCUCGCGUCGGGAGCUCGCCUCUCUGGCGACGCUUCGCGGCGGACCCGCGGACAUUUACUACCAGAUUACCUUCCAGGUGAAAAGCAACGGAAUCGCGGGGGAUGCCAGCAAUUCCGUACGCGUGGUGGAAAACGACAUGGCCUGCGACCCGCUUCUCAAGGAACACAUUCAGGAGGAGAUCGAAAAAGAACUCAAGAAGACGCAGGGAGCGUAUAAAAUUUUUUUUGAAGAAUUUUUUCAAUUUCCGUCGUGACUCUGAUCAUUUGUAAAGGAGGGACUUAGGAGGUCGUGAACGUGCUGGAUAUAACUGAGCGAAACGGAGUUACUCGGUCGCGUGAAGAAGCGAUGUUGUCUUCAGCUGAUUGGUUCGUCAUAGAAAUUGAAAUUUCCAUUUAAAAAAAAACAGGUUCAAGGUGAAGUAUGUGAACAAGUUUUAUGUGGACACGAGUUACGAGAUGAAGUUCUACAUGCAGGUCCCGCCCUCGGUGACCGGCUUAGGCCUGAACUACAACGCGGCGUUUUACGAGAUGUACGAGUGCGGUAUGGAAGCCGCCGUGGAGAAGGAGACCGGGGUGCACGCAGUGAUGAUCCCCCUCCAUUUCUCCGAACAGGCGGACGCCAACGGGAACGGCGGAUCCACCCGGCAGCUGGCCGCCACCGCGGCCGCGAGCACAACGGCAGAGGAGGCCAACGUGGCCGCGGGCGGCGAGGCGGUGUACCAGGCCACACGCAUCAAGUGGGAGCCCCGCAGCCCCAAGGUGAUCCACGUGGUGGCCACGUUCAGCGUGAUUGCCCCCUACGUCGGGGCGGUCAACGACUUCUUCCGGCUCGCGGACCCGACGGCGCUGAAGCGCGACCAGCUGGCCCGCAUGGCCCACGUCGCGACCGAGACAAAUGCGUGCAUCCAGGCGAAGUACGUGAACACGCUUGCCGGGUACACCAUGACGGUGGUGGACUACCUGCAGCCGAAGCUUGACGUGGAGUUGCUCAUGAUAUUGAACAUGGAGGUGGCGACCGGGUUGCAACUCAGUGACUUGAACAACUCCGGGGAGUUCCGCAAGGUCCUGCAGAAAACCCUGGCCACGGUGUUCGACGACGGUACUGUGAGGAAAAAUCCCCCCUCCCCAUAUUGAAAAGGUAUGUUUCCAAAAAUUUGUGUUGCGGAUUUGAGGUCACAAAUCACAUCUGUCUUGCAAGAAGACAAGGGCAGAAGCUUCCGCCCCAUUAUGGAAGCGAUUUGUCAUGCUGUUGGGCCUAAAGGGGAGCCGUUUGCCAUGCUGGACAACUAGACCCAUACGCCCCCACCUAGACUGGGGAUCUGGCCGCCAUGCCUCCCUGCAAUACAGAGCUGAUUUGUGGCCACAAAUCAGCAUCACAAAUUUCCGUUUUGAUAUGGGGAGGGGGGGUUUUUCAUUUUAAUAGACGGCACGGCCAACCCACUAACCCAGUGGGACAUCCAAGUUCGAUCCAUGCAGGCUCCCGUGGCGAAUGGAAACCGCCGCUUGGUCAUGGUCGACGCUGCAGAAGUGGAGCUACCGCCAGCACCAGCAGCAUCUUCACAGGAACAAGAUAGCGCAGCUUCUCUAGACCAGCACGACCGCAAGUUGGCGGCUGCUGGUGCAACCGCUAGUGGCUCUUCUUCCUCCUCCGGAAUGACCAAGCUAGACGCGGCGAUUGUGUUCAGACUCGUCGCCGGCUCCGGGGCUGCGGACAUGGCGAUGGGAAUUCCGACGUUCGACUAUCAAAAUGAAAAAUCCCCCCACCCCAUAUCAAAACGAAGUUUGUGAUGCUGGAUUUGCGUACACAAAUCAGAUUUGUCUUGCUGGAGAGGACUGCAGGCCCAUACUAAGCCUGAGCAGAGAAUUUUUGGGCCAGGCUCUUAGCAUGAGAAACGUCUGCGCUGUAGGCCCAACAGCAUCGCAAAUCGCCUGCAUAAAGCUGCGGAGCCUGUGGAGUUGCCUUCUUGCAAGACAGAGAUGAUUUGUGGUCGCAAAUCAGCAUUGCAAGUUUUCUGCCACGUACCUUUUCGAUAUGGGGAGGGGGAAUUUUUCCUCACAAUAUCGACGCCACUUUGUUCAGCACGAUGUACGCAGACAUCGAAUACAACGACGAGAUCCGAAAGAUCUACGAGCUAAAGUCGAUCGAGAAGGCGGACGUGCUGCGGAAUGUGGAGGCGAAGGUGCGCGUGGCUUUCCGCUACAACCAUGCGACCGUGAAGCCGUACCAGAUGAUUACCGACGCGAACUUCAAGACCGCCUUCACGAAGGCGAUGAGCAACGCGAUCGCGGCCGAAGACAAAAACGGCCAGUUGGAAGACAUCAGUGACAAGAUUCUCGUUUCCAUCGUCGACAUUGCGCGCAAGAGCAGGUACCCGUCGGAGCUGAAAAGCGACUUGCCGCCGCCUAAAUCUGGUGCACGCCAACUGCUUUUCGAUGAAGACAAUAUCGCGAGAAGCACUGAUGCCGUCGUCCAAGGUGGAGUCCGGAAGGCGAAGAAGCGCGACGAACGGAAGGAGAGCUGGAUGACGCGGUAUCUGGGGCAAAUCGCCGCCUCGGGCUCGGGGGGGUCUGCGACCGAAAGUAAAGAGGAGGAGGAAACGAGGUUGCAGAUUGCCUGGGAUGAGAUGCGAUUCCAGAUGGAUUGGAACGAUGAAGAUAACCCGUACGGAACCCUGUUGCAGCACCCGGGUGCGGAUGUCGAUCCGUUCUCUGACGAGGUGCAAAGCCAGGUCCUGAAGGCCACGCGGGAGAGAAACAGCAACAGCGAUCAGCACCAGCGGCCCAGGAGGAGGAAAACAAUAACUCAUGGAAGAACUACUUCUUCCACGAGAAGCAGCAGGCCGUCGUUCUCUGGGCGUGAGCUCGCCGUCGCACCCACGGGGGGCGCACCAGCCACGGUGAACGACUAUGGUGGAGAUGCCUCCCAGCACACCACCAAGGCAGCUACCUACUUAGCCCGCGCCACGCUUCCCGACGGCACGGUGGAGUGGGACAUCACUUACUUCGUCAAUAAGCGCUUCUACCUGCAGGUCGUGGGUGCCCUGACGAAGAGCAACUUUACGAACAUCUUUGAGAACGAGUUCAAGGCGCAGAUCGCCGCGAUCCCCGCCCUGGCCGCGAAACUCCCCCCGGAGUACAUCAAGGUCACGAAGAGCAGCCGGCGGUACGCGUUCAACACCACGUAUUUGCCCGUGAAGCCGGAGACGGGACGCGGGGCGUGGCAGUGGGACGCACCGCUGGACGCCUACAAGGUGUACAUCAAGAACAAAGCGGCGUGGCACCACCCUGAGAUGCCGCUGAUGGGGCAGUACUACCAGCGAAACAAGUUUCCCUACCGGCAAGUCGCCCUCCUCGACACGCUGGUCUACCAGACCCGCGCGACCCUCGAGGAGUGCCCCCACGAGGCCUAUUCCUACCGCUACGUGACCCAGUACGCGAACCGGCGGGCGAGCAUCUACGGAAUCAACGCGCCGAAGGCGACCGACAUUUUCAACUGCGUCACCGAUGAGAUGCAGGAUCUGGCCUACGACCCGUCCAUCGACACCGAGGGCUUUUCCUACCUGGGCAACACCGUGUACGCCCGGUUCGUCGGCAUGGAGGGCGACCACACGGCCGGCGACAUCGACGAGUGGUGGCGGAUCGGGUGGCUGGACCUGCAGACCACCAAGGUGGUGGUCUCCACCAUGGUGUACACGCAGCAGGAGGAAAUCUACACCUCGGUGUCCGCGCAGUUCGAGGUGGACCCUUCGGGGAAAGUCGAGGGGUUGUCCCGCUUCAAGUCCUACGUCGACUUGGAAGGCACGGGCCGGGCCGGCACCUUCAUGGCGCUCGCGAUCAUCACGAUUCUCUCCGUGCUGAUCGGGACCGCGCACAGUCUGUACCUGGUCGCCUGCGGCAACCGGCCCACCAUGGGGGUGAUCUUCGAGUUCGUCAGCCGCAUAAUCCUCCUCGUCUUCAGCAUCUGGCUGUUUGUCGGGUGGAACGGUCUGGCGGACUUCGUGGAAAAGUACGACAACCUGCUCGGGACCUUUUUGCGGCUCAAGGACUUUGACCACUUGGGCCUCGUCGUCGCCAUCGCGCGCUUUUUCAUCGUGAAGGAAAAGAUCCACAACGAGGUCUCCAUGAUCGAGCAGUACCGCAUCAUGGGCUUCUUCGUGGUCUUCAUCCAGUUCCUCCAGCUGGUUUCCUACAUGAACGUGCACCCCCGCGUCGCCGUGCUCACGUCCACGCUGUCGAAGUCCGUGGACAACAUGUGCCACUUUUUUCUCGUCUUUUUGAUCCUCUACGUCGUGCUCGCCUACCUCGGGCACUGGAUUUUCGGGGCGCUGGCGCCCGACGAGUUCGGCACCUUCGGGGAGGCGAUGAGUUCGCAGUUCAAGAUGAUCAUCGGGGAGUUUCCCUUCGACAGUUCUGGAUAUAUGAACACGCUGGAGCAGAACAUGUUUUUGCUCUACCUCUUCAUGUACGCGAUCAUCGUGUUCUUCACCCUGAUGAACUUCUUCCUCGCCAUCGUGGUCGACGCCUUCAUCGUAUCAAAUGUAAAAAUGUUUGGGUCUGGAGGAAUGCAACUUGUCAUGCUGUUUUUGGAUUCUAAAAAAAUUAGUGUUGCAUGACCAGCAAGAAAGGUCCAGUUUGUGCUACGCGGAGAGGGCAUUUCUCAUGCGGAAGGCGCAUCAGGAAGCCCUCUAAAAGUCUGUGAUGCUAUGUCCUGCAUUCCAGGCUUCAUGGGUCAUGAAAAAACUGCAUGACAAAUCGCGCAUUCUUCCAGACCCAGACAUUUUUGCAUUUGAUACAUCGAGGUGAAGGCGGAGAUCGAGAACCAGGUCACGGAGCGGUCCUUCCCCUUCGACUGCUAUGCAUUGCAAAUAUGUCUGGGGCUGGAAAAAUGCCAGGUUUGUCAUGCUCUGCUAGCAUGACUGUCAAGUCUGUCAUGUAAGGUACCCAAAACCGCCACUUUUGUGUCAUGCAAAAAUCCAGUUUCUCAUGGUCAUGCAAAAUAGGCAACACCUAGCCUAGCGACUCAAAAAGCCGUCAUUCCUGGCGUUCUCUUGAUUCGCCAACCAGCAUCACAAGUUUCCAGACCCAGACAUACACAUAUUUGCAUUUCAUAACUGCGGGGACAUGAUCAAGGACGUCUACUGCCGCGCGUUCCGCCCCGGGUACGCGGACAUCCACUCGUUGGCAAAACUGCUCGAGGAGGAGGAGGAGCGCGACGCGCCGGUGGCGGCUUUGUACGAGCAGGAGCGCAAAUCGGCGGACGCGCCCUUCCACUACCCGGUCAACAUGGCCGAGGUGAUCGAGCUCAUAUCCGAGAAAAAAACGUUGUUAGUGUAAAUUUGUGAUGCGCAACAUGCAAGAUGAUUGCGUCUGUCAUGCUUGGCAUGCGUCGUAGGGUCCAUUAAAGGGCAUUUUCACGCACUACCUGCGCGUGACAGGUUUUUGCUGUCAUGCCAGACAAAUUUGUAAUGCUGUUCCUCCAAAAAAGUUACACCUACAGCGUUUUUUUUCUUGGAUAGCUCACCUCCAUCUACCAGUACCCGAACGGCCCGCUGACGGAGGAGAACGCCAUGGACUUUCUUGCACGCUACGGGGUGAAGAUCCCGGACAUGGUGAAGAAGUUCCACCGCUGCGAGCCCAUGAAGGUGCUGUGCGUGCACGGCCGCGAGCUGAUGAACGCGCACGGCGCGACGGGGCCGCAGGACUUGAACGCCGAGUGCAAGCAGGCUUUGUUGGACGAGGUGAUCCACUUCACGGACAAGAGGCGAAAGUUGCGGGAGAAGUUCGAGACCCUUUCGAGCACCUCGGAUCGCGGGAAUCAGGACCGGAAGUUGCGCACCAUGCGGUCGGCCUUGAUGCAGGACGUGCUGGACAGAACGAGAACCUCUAUGGGGGGGAGCAGUCCGGACAAGAACAUCGACCCGACGUUGAUAGACCCCGCCACGGGCGAGAAGCUGUCCGUGGAACAGGUUAACCUGCAGAUUCGCAACUCGAACAGUAAGACCGGGACGCCGGGCAAGUUUUUGUCCAAGGACCACAGCUACUCGCAGGACACGCUUAGCCGAAUAGACGAACAGGGGCGGAUAGAACAAAGACAGCCGAGUAAGCUCGACAGCAACAUGGACUUCUUUGACCAGAACGGGUCGGGGUCAGAGGACGAAGCGGCAAAAAAGGCGCUGCCCGAGGGCGAAGCUGAGGAGGACCCGGAAGCCAUGAUGAUAGCAAACAAGCCAAGUAGAGUGUUGGGCAAGCCCGGCGCGAAAGCCAAGACCCCGGUGUCUGUGGAGAAAAAGUUUAUGGGACUCGAGGACGAGGCAAGUAGCGACGAAGAGGGGUGGGGCGAGCUCAAGGAACUCAAGAAGAAAUAA